CCCCUCCUCCCCAAAAGAAAGAAAAUGGAGGAAGAAAGAAAAGGAACCCGUUCCGAUCCUCUCACCUGCGGUCCUUUUAACGCGGGGGAGGUCACUUGCUCUCCGUUGUCUCUUUCAGAGAGGGAAGCGAAGGUCUCGUGUCAUGGGGUGCGCGCAGUCGAGGGUGAACAACGACGAGGCGGUGACGCGAUGCAAGGAGCGGCGGCAGUGGAUGAAGGCGGCGGUGGUCGCGCGAAACGCCUUUGCCGCUGCCCACUCCGCCUACGCCGCCUCUCUCAAGGACACGGGUGCCGCCCUCAGCGAGUUCGGCCAGGUUGCAGGCCAUGAUUCCGUCCACUCUUCUUCCUCCUCCUCCACCGGCGGCGGCACUUCCGCCACCGGCGCCCCCGUCUUCGCCGCUCCUGUCCAGCCGCCCACCGAGACCCUCUUACCGCCCCCGCCGCCGCUCCCAGAGUUCUCUCCCUCCCCUCUCCAUCGCUCCAUAAGCAUGCCCGAUCUCCCCAAGAAGUUUCCCUCCAAGAUUCAUAAAGCCGCCCCCAUCCUCGAGGAGGACAACGAGGGGGAUGACGAGGCGGAGGAGGAGAACGACGGCGGCCUUAACCGCCGCCGCCGGCCCUCCGAAGCCGCCGGGGGCUCCCCUUCUCUCUCACCCUCCCCCGCCUCGCCGCCGCCACCCUCACUUCAACCAACGUCGCAGCCCGAGGCUUGGGGUCUUACGGACGAAAACGUGCCGGUUCCAUCGCUAACCCAAGCGGGCGGGAUCCGGCCUGAGAGAGAGGAAUCCCCGGAAAAGAAGACGGUGCCAGCCGCACCGCCCAGCAGCAUCGAUCUCAUGAAGGUGCUUACAGAUCUUGAUGAUCUUUUCCUCAGGGCGUCAGAGAGUACACAUGAAGUUUCAAAGGUGCUUGAGGCGACCAGAAUGCAUUACCACUCUAAUUUUGUGGAUAGCCGAGGUCAUGUCGAUCAUUCUGUGAGGGUCAUGCGUGUUAUUACAUGGCAUAGGUCAUUUGAAGUUACUCCUGGUGCAGAUGGCAGUAAGGGUGAUUUCAUCGAUGAUGAAUGGGAAACUCAUGCAACUGUGUUGGAUAAGAUCCUAGCAUGGGAAAAAAGAUUAUAUGAUGAAGUUAAGGCAGGUAGGCUUACGAAAAUUGAGUAUCAUAGGAAGGUUGCUUUACUGAACAGGCAAAAGAAGGGUGGUGCUAGUGGUGAAUCACUGCAAAGAACUAAAGCAGCUGUGAGCCAUUUGCACACUAAAUACGUUGUUGAUAUGCAGUCAAUGGAUUCAACUGUGGCAGAAAUCCAACGUCUGCGUGAUAAACGGCUUUAUCCGAAACUAGUGGAACUCGUUGAAGGGAUGGCCAAAAUGUGGCAGGCCAUGCACAUGCAUCACUAUUCCCAGCUGAAGAUGAUGGAAGGUAUCAAAGCUCUCGACAUUUCAAAUGCUUCCAAGGAGACAAGUGAACAUCAUCACAAGCGCACUUUGCAGCUACUCGACACUGUCAGGGAGUGGCAAUCGCAGUUGCAUAAACUUGUUACCCAUCAGAAACAGUAUGUGGGUGCUCUUGAUAGUUGGUUGAAGUUGAAUCUUAUUCCAAUCGACGGCAGCUUGAAAGAGAAAGUGUCAUCUCCGCAAAGGCCAGCUCAUGCCCCGAUUCAGACUCUUGUGCAUGCAUGGCAUGAGUAUCUUGAGAAGCAGCUCCCUGAGGAGCUUGCAAACACUGCUCUCCUCAGCUUUUCAGCGGUCUUAAACACGAUAGAGGCAGUGCAACAGGAAGAGCUGAAGCAGAAAGAGAGAUGCGGGGAGAUCCAAAAGGCGUAUCUGCGAAAGAAACGGGCUUUUGAGGACUGGUGCCAAAAGCAUUCGCAGAAGAGGAUGGGCGAGCCGGAGACUGGUGGGGAGGCAGCAAGUCAAAAUGACCCCGUGGGAGAAAGGAGGCGUGUGGUGGAGUCUCUCAAAAGCAAGCUUGAUGAAGGAGUAGAAGCCCACAAAGGGAUAUGCAAGCAGGUGAGAGAGAAGUCAUCGGUUACUCUCAAGACGCACUUGCCAGAGCUUUUCCGUGCUGUGUCGGACUUUGCUGAACUCUGUUCUAAGAUGUAUACCAGUUUAAAGUUGGUCACGGAUCAGAAUCCGCUGACCAAAGCUACUUAAGAAUACGCAAAAGCUACUUAAGAAGAAAAUGCCUACGGUGCUUUAAUGUUACCUAUACACUCUGAUGAUCAAGUGCGGAUGAUCAUGGAACCAGUCAAAUACGAAGCAACGAAAUGGCUUCAAGUCCACGAUGACAAUUUUACAGGACAUCCACAAAAUAUGAACAAAAU